UUCCCUUAGGCUUUCUUCUCGUCAGUGUCCGCGGCCGGUCCGGAGCCAGCGAGUGAGCGAGCGUCCGGCUGGGGCCGUCGGGGGUGGGGUUGCGCGCCUGAGGGGGACGCUCCGCGCUGACCCUCCUCGCCCCCCCAGGUCUCCGCGGAAGCGGCGGUGGCGGCGUCAUGGCGGAGCUGACGGCUCUGGAGAGUCUCAUCGAGAUGGGCUUUCCCAGGGGACGCGCGGAGAAGGCUCUGGCCCUCACAGGGAACCAGGGCAUCGAGGCUGCGAUGGACUGGUUGAUGGAGCAUGAAGACGACCCCGAUUUGGACGAGCCACUAGCGACCCCCCUUGGACAUAUCCUGGGACGGGAACCCACUCCCUCUGAGCAAGGUGGCCCUGAAGGACUUGGGUCUGCCGCAGGAGAAAGCAAACCCACGUUAACUGAAGAGGAAAGACAGGAACAGACUAAGAGGAUGUUGGAGCUCGUGGCCCAGAAGCAGCGGGAGCGUGAAGAAAGAGAGGAACGGGAGGCAUUGGAACGGGAACGGCAGCGCAGGAGGCAAGGCCAGGAGUUGUCAGCUGCCCGACAGCGGCUACAGGAAGAUGAGAUGCGUCGGGCUGCUGAGGAGCGGAGGAGGGAAAAGGCCGAAGAGUUGGCAGCCAGACAAAGAGUCCGAGAAAAGAUCGAAAGGGACAAAGCAGAGAGAGCCAAGAAGUAUGGUGGUAACGUGGGUUCUCAGCCAUCCCCACCAGCAACAGAGCCAGGCCCUGUUCCCUCUUCUCCUAGCAAGGAGCCUCCCACGAAGCGGGAGUAUGACCAGUGUCGCAUACAGGUCAGGCUGCCAGAUGGGACCUCACUGACCCAGACGUUCCGGGCACGGGAACAGCUGGCAGCUGUGAGGCUCUACGUGGAGCUCCACCGUGGGGAGGAGCUAGGAGGGGGCCAGGACCCUGUGCAGUUGCUUAGUGGCUUCCCCCGGCGGGCCUUCUCAGAGGCUGACAUGGAGCGGCCUCUGCAGGACCUGGGACUUGUGCCUUCUGCUGUCCUAAUUGUGGCCAAGAAAUGUCCUGGCUGAGGGGCCUUUAUCCCACCAUCCUUCUUUGACCUCUCUUCAUCUUUGAUAAAGCACUGACAUUGCCUUCCUAAUAAAUAGACCCUCUGAGUUCUGUA